CGGGGUCUCCUGCUCACUCGGUCCCAGCCGCCGCCGCCACUAGCUUCCAGCGAACAGAGCCAAGGGUUUGGGAGAGAGCGAUGGAGGGAGGAGUGAUCUCGUUGCCGGCGCCGGCGCCGGUUUCUUGCCUCGCCAACAGGGAGUUCCAGGCCACCCCCACCCCCAGCCCGUCCGACGAGUCGACGGUCCUCCGCGAGCUGAACGUUUCCGUCUCCCUCGCCGGUCUGGACAUCUCCCGCGGCCACCACGGCGAGCCGGACGUCCUGGGCCAGAGACGCAGCAAGUGCAAGCCCAAGGUCCGGACAGUCUCCAAGAUGCACAUGGCGGCCAAGGCCAAGGCCAGGGCGGAGAAGGCGGCGGCGGCGGCGCUCGACAAGGCCAAGGCGGGGAAGAAGGCGGCGCUCGACAAGGCCAAGGCGGAGAAGAAGGCGGCGGCCGACAAGGCCAAGGCGGAGAAGGCGGCGGCGGCGGCGGACGACAAGGCCAAGGCGGAGAAAGAGGCGGCGCCUGCUGGUGGUGCUGCAACCCCCGAUUGGUUGAGGCUCGACCUGUAUCUGGUUGACGGGUACGGGUUCAAGGAGCAGAGGACGGUGAAGAUGGACCAUCGGAACGGCUAUAUCAAGUGGCUGCUCGAGUGGGACAAGAAGCCGCGCCCUCCCCUGCCCAACCUCCCCGAGGAGUGCCGCGAGGCCAUGGACGCCAUCAAGGCUCAGCGCGACCACGACUAGAGGGUCCUCGCCGACUUCAAGCGCGACGGCUACGCCUACGUCCAGGUCGACGUCUUCAACGACGACGACCCAAGGGCCAACCUCCCCGACCACCACUACGACAUCAUCUACAGCGACGAAGAAGCUUGAUCUACUGAGCAACAUCUAUCUAUCGAUCGAUCUAUUUAUCUAAUGUAUGCCAUGGAUUAGUGUGUGAUUCCUCAGGAUCUACUGCGUCUUUAAGUUUAUGUCUACAAGGACGAUGUUAUAUCGUAGCUCUGUAGUGUGUCCUCUGGCUUUUGCAACCCGGCAAGCUACUAUCUAUCUAUCUAUCUAAUGUGUUACUGAAA